CACCUGUCAUGGCCGUCCGUCGCCAAAUGAAACUGCUUUCGAAGCAGUAGUACUACUGUUUCAUUGUCAUCUUAGGCGUGAUGUCGGAUAAACGCCAGCGUGCCAGGGUGCAGGGCUCCUGGGCCAAACAGCUUCCCAAACAAUCGAGACCAGCAGUUCCCCACAGCCAAAUUGCCAAUCCGGCUGCCGCAUCAUGGGGAAUUCAUCGGCAGACAACAUCUGGAAAUUUUGAGUUCCACCAACCUAUUGAGCCCAUUAGAGGUGUUCCGCCAGAGAAAGUUAUUGACCAGGCAGGGGAUUAUGAGAUUAGCCAUGGACCUUCAGGAGUGUCCAGAUUGCGGCUGCUGCCAGGCUUUCUCGCAGCACAGGAGGCUGACUGGAUGUUCAGUAAGCUGCUCGCAGAACUUCCCUGGUCACAAAAGACCAACGUCAGACAAGGUGAGGCCUACGCAGAGCCAAGGCUGACGUGCUGGUUUGGAGAGUUGCCCUACACGUACGCUCACUCCACCAUGGCCGCCAACACUAAGUGGCAUCCGUUGCUGUUGAGGCUUCGCGCAGCGGUCGCCGAGGCGAUCCCCGGCGGCAGCGACCGCUUCAACUCGCUCCUGUGCAAUCUAUACAGAGACGGACACGACGGCAUCGGCUGGCACAGCGACGACGAGGCCUCACUGGGCCACCAGCCCGUCAUUGCUUCGCUCAGCCUGGGCGACAACAGGGUGUUCGGCCUCCGCAAGAAUCCGCCUCCGGAGGAAAAUGGUGACUACACCUACGCGGAGCGUAUUAAGGUACCUCUGGGUCACGGCACACUGCUUUUGAUGGAAGGAGCCAUGCAGGAUGACUGGCAGCACCAGGUGGCUAAGGAGUACCACUGACCGCGGCCCUCGCAUCAACUUGACCUUCAGGACCAUCUUCCCCGAGCCACAGGGCUACCGGCCGGGCACCAAGCUGCGCUUUACCACCAA